GCUUCUUCAGCUUCUUCUCCAGCUCUCGUCUCUCAUCCAGCUUCUUGUUUCUCUUGCACCAGAACUUCCAUCGCUUCUUUUGCUGCCUACUCUCUGUGUCUGCAAUCUCUCCCACUGCACGCCAGCCUUGUUUUUGUUUUUUUCUUUAUCUUUCUCCCUACCUAUCUUUUUCUUUACACUUGUUUUUUUCCUACUGCUUGUCAUAUUCGUAUUAGUUCCAUAUUUAUUCAGUGCUUUUACCCCAAGUACAUUUAGAACUCUCAGAGCUCACAAUAAUACUUGCUUACUUUUUUUCAAUUUCAGGAGCUUGCAAUUUCUGAGCGAGUUUGUGAAAUUCUUACCACUACAUCAUUUCUUUGUUCAUCCCACAGCAUACCUAUUUCAUAAUCCUAUUUCAUAAUCCUGUUUCAUAAUCCUAUCUCAUCUUUCUAUUUAAUCAUCCUUUUUCAUUGCAAUUUACCAUAUCCAUCCGUUUUUAUCUAAUUUUUACCAAAUUCAAAAUGGGCUCUGGCGAUCCUUCUGUGAGAAGCUCACUAUGGGCUUCCAUCAAAAAGCUAACUAAUGACGAUCACCACGACAAUAGCAAUAACAGCAAAUUUGAACACGACGUACCUCAGUCUUUGGAUUCAAACAAUUUGAAAGUCAACAACAGUCUCAACAUUAAUAUAGUCAACACCAACACAAGUACCAACACCAAAACAAAUUCAAAUCUCACUGCUGACCUGUCCUUGAAUUCCUCAAGACCAAAAUUCUUCUAUGCCUCUAGAUCCUCCAACAAUGUGCGUCCCCAUGAUAUCUAUCCCUCAACUUCUCAAAGCUCUCUAAUUAACAAAUCAAGCGAAAAAUUAAUUCGUUCAAAGAGAGAUUCCUUCUUGGCUAAUAACAACAUUCUCAACAACAACAACAACAUUUUAAAUCAUAAAACUAAUAAUACAAACUUGAACAUCAAUAACUACAUUUCCAAAAACAUAAACAACGACAACAAUCUUUUAAACCAACAAAACGUAUUUGGCGUAACCCUUGAACGAUCAAUUCAAAUAGCUCCUGCAAAGAUUUCUGUCGCUUCAAAUAAUCCCAAUGAACUACUAGAAUAUGGCAAAAUCCCCAUUGUUGUUGCUAAAUGUGGAAAUUUCCUCAAACUAAAUGGUCUAGAUGUUGAAGGUAUCUAUAGAUUGGGAGGUUCUGCCAAAAGGGUCAAAUCUUUGCAAUUGAUCUUCAAUACUCCUCCUGACUAUGGCAAAAAAUUGGAUUGGAAUGGAUACACUGUUCACGAUGCUGCCUCUCUCUUGAGGAGAUAUUUAAACUCCCUACCUGAACCUCUAAUUCCCUUGGAUAGCUAUGACUCUUUCAGAUUACCCUUGAGCUCAAGACCAAGAAUUUUAAGAUACAUCAAACACAGAAUGGAUAAUCCAGCUCAACAAAACUUAAUUUCUGUUCCAAUUCAACCAAAGUUAUCUUCUAGAAUUCAACCAAACAACAACACUUCUAAUAAUAACACUACUAGUAGUACCAGUACUACUACUACUACUAC